AGGCAGCUUUCAGACCAGAAAGGGGCGUGCACUGUUGGAGAGGCUCACAAACUCACUUCGGUGGCAGUUCCGGGUUUUACAAAUCACUUCACUGGUCGCGGUUAUUGUCAGAGAUAUUGUGUGUAGUGUUCACGAUGGCUCUUCUUAUGGAGCACCAAUUUAAACAGCUUCCAGCCGAUAAACAAGUGGAAACUAGAUCAUUCUUGGAGUCGGUGUCGUAUCUUCCGCCAUUCUUUGACUGCCUUGGCUCUACUGUUUUUGCUCCAAUUAAAGCAGACAUUGUAGGGAACAUCACAACAAUCAAAGCAGUUUUCGACAGCAACCCUAGCAGGUUCAAGACCCUCCAAAAAAUCCUGGAGGCAGAGAAGGAGCUGCAUGGAGCAGACUGGCCCAAAGUGGGAGCCACCCUGGCACUUAUGUGGCUAAAGAGGGGACUCCGAUUCAUCCAGGUCCUGCUACAGAGUCUGGUGGAUGGGGAGAAGGAUGAAAACAACCCCGACCUCAUCCGUGUAAAUUGCACCAAAGCUUAUGAGUUGGCCCUGAAGAAGUACCAUGGCUGGCUGGUGCAGAAGCUCUUCAAGGCAGCUGUGUUCGCAGCUCCCUACAAGGCAGAUUUCCUGAAGGCACUGUCCAAGGGGCGGAAGGUCAAGGAAGAGGACUGCCUGGACAAAAUCCGACAGUUUCUAGUCAACUUUACUGCUGCUAAUGAUGCCAUCUAUGAGAUGUACACCAAGAUGAAUGCCGAGCUAGAGUACACCGUGUGACCACGCAAGCUAACCAAUGAUCUGCCCCUCCCAUUGGGACAAUUACAAGCAGUGAGAUUUGCUAUGCUUUCCUACAGGUUUGUGUGUGUGGGUGUCUGUGUGUGUUAGAUCCGGUGUUGUCACACAUCCAGUCUGUGCUCUUUCUAAGAUCCCCUUUGAGUGCAUUUGCUUGCUGCUCUUAAUUUCUCUGUCAACUGUUUUGUGGCUUAUUUUCAAAGCCUCAAACUUUCUUACAGGGAAUAGCUUUCAAUAUGACCCGAGUCUUUACCUGGCGAUUUGUGUUUGAUCGUUAUCAGGUUCACUAGGCACAAAAUGAAAGAAAACGUACUGAAAUGGGGAGGAAUUACCUGGACUUGUCCAAUAAGAAAUUAUCAUUUUUGUUUUCCACUGCAAACAGUUUUAAACCAUUUGCCAUUUCUUGCCCCAAUGAACAUGACCCAGUUUCAUAGACCAAAACUGCAGAUGCAUCUGGACUGUAAAAAGUAUAGUUUAUGGAUAAACAUUUCAGUCAACUGUAGUUUAUUUUCACUGAAAUACACUUUUUAUUUUUUUAUUUCCGUAAUUAUAAAUUCAUCUUACACAAGUUACUUGGGUAUUAUUACUUUGUGUAGGUACGUUUCAUUUUAUUAUACACAACCGCAUAGCGGGCAGAUCCAUAGUACUCUUUUAAAACUACUAACAGUAGAGAUAGAGGAAAUCAUUGUAUUAGUAAUUGCUAUUUGGUAAUUGUUUGCAAUCACAUGAGUAACCUAUGCACUUUGAGAAUGUUUAGAGGAUUGUGGUAAAUUAAUAUCAAAACCAAAAAUAUAUUUAAUUCAUAAUUAUGUAUUUUCUCAUGAUAUUUUAAUAAUUAUAUAAAAAUAUUUGUAUUUUAUAUUAAUGAACCUUUCACUCUGCUGGUAUGUGAUUUAUUGAUUCUAUCUACUUGAAAAUGUAAUCUAUUUCUUAUUUGUUUACAUGUUAGAAUUUUCUGACUUUGAUAAUGCAACUCUGUAUCACUAGGACAGUAAAUAUACAUUAUGUUUGUUAUUUAUUCUUUGUUAAUUCUCCAUCCUAAGAGCUGAUUCCAUUGGUACAUCAAUGGAAUUGUGUUAUUAAAUAUAUUGUGUUAUUGAUUAGUGUCUUAUAUAAUCAUACAAAUGUCAUUUUAUGUAAUCACAUCUUUGAACUCAACUAAAUCUCUGGUUUUCAUAUAGUCAAUAAACCUACAAAAGUAAAUAGUCAAGUCAAAGUGAUGAUUUGUUUUAUAAGUUUAAGAUUCAAAUAAGUGAGACUUUUAAAGUGUUGUGUAAAAAUAAAGCCAUUUUGUUAGAAAGGAAAUAUUGUAUAACCAUUACUUGACGAGUGACAUUGAAAUCAAUCCAUGGGAACACUUAAUUUUAGGCUGUUUUAAUCAAUUUGAUUAAUUGUGAAAUAAAAUCAUGAUGCCGUGUUCAAUAUGAA